AUGCAGACCGGUUUUGCUAGAUUUAUAGGUUGUCUGGAUUCAUAUCUAGAUUUACUUGAUGGUUUUACAAUUAUUGGUGAAACCCAAAUAAACAUAUAUGGAUCAGUAACACUGGAAAAUGGUACCAUAAUACGUGCCACAAACAGGUAUCAUAAUAAAGUAUGGUUUAGCGAUAUAGCUAUUUCAAUGGAUUCUGAAGAAUCAAAUGAUUAUAUAUUAAACAAAGGACUUUGUUAUGGACAGGCCUUAUUGUUAGCAGAAGUAUUAACAGAUCCACCGCUAAAUCUCGCAUUAAUUCAAUGGUACGAUUUUAAAUCUAAAAGGAACCCAUAUUUAUAUGGAUGUCCUCACUUAAAAUUGAUAGAAUUAUAUAACUUUGUAGCUAUAGAGUCUAUACAUGGUGUCGUUCACAUAGUACCCCGAUUUGAUAAACAAAAUGAAUAUUUCGUAAAUAAAUAUAUUUUUUAG